UUGAAAGAAGCCAUUCUUGUCUUCACAGCUGCUGCUCUCAGUCUCAGAGGAGAGAUACGAAUAUUGCAGCAUUAAAAACACAAACCCUAGGUGGGUCCCUUUCUCCUCCGUUGUACGGAUCUCCUCAAUAAAUUCAUAACCUCAUUGUACUCCCCCUUUGAUAUCAUCCCUUUCCCAGGGCUACCUACGCCCCCCCGCCCCCCACUCUCUCUCUCUUUCUGUGGUUUAUAUAUAUUGUACGUACACAGAAACCAACGGUGAUCUUCCUCUGGCAAUGGGCAUGUAGUUGCAGACCUAUAGCUCCUCUGUUUGUGUGUGUGUAUGUGUGCGUGAGAGAGAGAGAGAGAGAAAGAGAUGGGGCAUCACAAAUGCUGCAGCAAGCAAAAGGUGAAGAGGGGGCUAUGGUCACCAGAGGAAGAUGAGAAGCUCAUCAACUACAUCUCUACCUACGGCGGCCAUGGUUGCUGGAGCUCAGUCCCCAGACUUGCAGGUCUGCAGAGAUGUGGAAAGAGCUGCAGAUUGAGAUGGAUAAAUUACCUUAGGCCUGACCUUAAACGAGGGAGCUUCUCUCAGCAAGAAGCAGCUCUCGUCGUUGAGCUCCACAGCAUUCUAGGAAACAGAUGGGCUCAGAUAGCCAAGCACCUGCCCGGAAGAACAGACAAUGAGGUGAAGAACUUUUGGAAUUCAAGCAUCAAGAAGAAGCUCCUCUCUCAUCAUCAUCAUGCUCUCUCUGGUCUGGCCACAUUUCCUAAUUUCACUUUCUCUCUAAAUGCAAACCCUAGUUUGAUCCCAUGUCCAGUAGGACAGAAAGACCAGGUUUACAAUCCAAACCCAUCAUCUUCGCUACUUCUUCAAGGCUUUGAUAUUAUCGAUCAUGGGGAAAUUCUUAAGAUGGACCAAAUGAUCAAUUUUGAUGCCAAUUUGGCUCCUAAUAUUCCUGAGCCUCCAAUCCCACUGCCUCUAGACCAAGCUUCGUAUAAUUACUUCUCAUGGCCUCUAAUGAACCAAAAUGUUCUUAAACAAGGGGAGAGCUUCAUACUCACCGAGGCUGCCAAUCCAUAUGAUUUGCCCAUUGUGCCAAAGCUCUGUGAGAUGAUCAACUGUGCCAUGCCAUCUUCAUCUCUCUCACAUGAAGUUGAUCCGAUUACAAGCCUUUCAUGUCUUCCAUCCGGGUCUAAUCCAGGUGAUCUGCACAUGCCAGCAGCCAACAGCAGAAUCGAGUACAUCAACGCGAUAAUGUCAUCGCUCCCAUCGUCGUCCUUGUCAUCCUCGUCGUCCUCGUCCUCAUUGUCACCAUUGCCAUCCAGCCAAUUUGCUGCGAACCCUAAUCUUCCCGCAAGCUUGGAGCCUUAGCUAGCUAGGCACCAUGCUUAUGUUUGGUGCUUAAUUUGGGCUAUAUAUAUAUGGUGGUUAGAUCAAUUAAUGCUGUGCAUUUAAUUGUGAAAAUUAAUGUUGAUUCUACUCAAGGAAAGCCCAACCCAACUCCUCCUAUAUGGAGAUUGUUGAAAAGUCUAUAUGUUGUUAGUAGGAGGAUAUGGUACUGCAAUGAGGAAGAAUCCUUUGUGUUACUGGAGAGGUGGAGCUUGUAAGCUUAAUUAAAUGCAUGUCCCUUAUUUUCCUUUGUAUCUAAGUACUCUAUAUUCUGCGCUCUCUCUCUCUCUCUCUCUCUCUCUCUCAAGUUGCCUUUGGGUGGUGGGGACACUGUCAUGCACUUUGGAUUCAAGUUGGGAAGGUGUUAGGGACAGAGGGAUCUUACUGUUUUGAAGCAAAGUAGCUGCAGUCUGAGCACAAGUAUCUCUAAUCAAGCUAAGGAGGGAGAAGGAAAAUGAGCAAAAAUCAUGGCAACUUAAAGCCAAGAUC